GUCACGUUAACAGAGAGUUGAUUGCGUAAAAAGGGAAAAAGGACUGCGUAGGAACGUUGUAUUCACGACUUGAUUCUGAAAUAAUGGCCCUCCGGAGAAUUUUAACCUCAGAUUUACUGAGGAAAGUUACUCAGCCAGUUGUUUACUCAUCAUCUAGAACAUUAGGAACGGUACCUGCAACAGAACCUUCUGAAAAGUCAGAUAUAGGUGAAAAGAAAGCUACAGGAAAGGUUGAAUUUAGUUGGAAAGAUGCUCUUAACCUUGAGAGCCAACUGACAGAGGAAGAGAUCUUGGUCCGGGAUCAGUUCAAAGCAUAUUGCCAAGAGAAGCUCAUGCCAAGAAUCCUAAUGGCUAAUAGAAAUGGAGAGUUUGACCGCAAUAUCUUCUAUGAGCUUGGUGCCCUUGGAGUGCUAGGACCAACCAUCAAAGGCUACGGGUGUGCUGGAGUAUCGUCUGUCGCUUAUGGUUUACUCGCCAGGGAGAUAGAGUAUAUAGACAGCAGCUAUAGAUCGGCGUUCAGCGUUCAGUCUUCACUCGUUAUGCAUCCCAUCAAUGCAUAUGGGACGGAGGCACAGAAAGAGAAAUAUCUACCCAGGCUAGCGUCUGGUGAGCUGAUAGGAGCCUUUGGCCUGACAGAACCCAACCACGGCAGCGACCCUGCUGGUAUGGAGACUAAAGCUGUCUAUAAUCCUUCAUCAAAGACAUUCACCCUCAAUGGGGCAAAGUCAUGGAUCACCAACUCGCCCAUCGCCGAUGUCUUUGUGGUGUGGGGGAAGAAUCAGGAGGAAGGGGGCAAGAUCAGAGGCUUCAUCCUGGAGAAGGGAAUGAAGGGUCUCUCCGCUCCGUACAUCGAUGGCAAGUUCUCACUGCGAGCAUCCGCCACAGGACAGAUUGUUAUGGAGGAUGUAGAGAUCCCGGAGGAGAAUAUGCUGCCCAAUGUGAAGGGUCUUGGGGGGCCGUUUGGUUGUCUGAACAACGCAAGGUAUGGAAUUGCAUGGGGCACAUUAGGGGCUGCUGAGUUCUGCUUGGAAACAGCAAGGCAGUAUACAUUAGAUAGGGUGCAGUUCGGUUCACCUUUGGCUAGGAAUCAACUGAUGCAGAAGAAGAUGGCUGACAUGUUAACAGAGAUCUCUAUUGGACUGCAAUCAUGUAUUCAAGUUGGAAGGCUGAAGGAUGAGGGAAAAGCCACACCCGAGAUGAUCUCCCUAAUCAAGAGGAACUCUUGUGGUAAAGCCCUGGACAUUGCUCGGGUAUCAAGGGAUAUGCUCGGUGGUAAUGGUAUCUGCGAUGAGUACCAUGUCAUCAGACACGUCAUGAACCUAGAGGCUGUCAACACAUAUGAAGGUACACAUGACAUCCAUGCCCUAAUCCUUGGCCGGGCUAUCACAGGACUCCAAUCAUUCACAGCAACCAGCAAAUAAACAUGACCCUUACCCUAGUGGAGCUUUUCAUAAAACAAGUAAUAAGUAAUUUUCACUGACAACUGUUAUAAGCUACCAAGAAUUCUUGCACCUGAUUGGCUAAAAAUAGAUUAGUCAGUGAAAAUCACUAUUUGCUUCAUGAGACACGAGAUGAUGGACUACUAUUCAACAAAAUGAUAUCUCAGUGGCUACAUGUCAUGAAGCUGUUGUGGAGAUUGGCAGGAUAUGACCUUUGACCUUGUCUUGUAUCCCAUGUAUCCACAUAAUAUAUUCUAUUUUAACAGUUGUUCCUUUGUAUUCCUGUAUGCUGUAAUUUGGACACACAUCAGCUUUGCCACCUGCAUUUUUCAAGAUAUUGAGCUAAAUGUAGCUUGGUUUUACAUCAUCAUUACACCCCCAAAGGAUGUGAUAAUCCUGCAAUAUGACAAUGGAGACCUAGAAUAUAAAAGGGUGUUUUUAUCAGUUGAAUAGAAAAUGUUUAAAAGUUAUUUGCUGUCUUGUUUGUGAAUCAAAAGAAACCAAUAGCAUUCACAUUUAUCAAAAUAUUAUUGUGGUGUAAGGAGUAUUUUCUACCAUAACUAUUUUGGUAUUGAUUUUGCUGUUGACAUGGUAUCAUUAUGUUGAGAACAAUCUAUUGCAUGUGGACUAAUAGAAGAUGUUACCAGAUCUAUGGCCAUUUCGGAAAUGUAGUUCUGCCAUUUCCUUAAGUGAUGGGUAUCAUAACAAACUUUUUCUGCCAAUACUUUUAUUAUUAUGGUUAUUAAUUCAUCCUUGUUGGUUAAGAGGAAGCUGAAUUAGAAAAUUAAGAAUAUUAUAUUGAAAGUAAAUGUGAAAAUUCAUGUAAAUGUUUGUAUAUGCACAUUAUGAAUUUGAAAAUUCAAUACACAAUGCAUGUGUACUUGUUGAUGUAGUUUUUGGUUGUGUCUGAAAUAUCCUUUAUACUUUCUUCUACCUUUUUAUUGUUUGAAGUUAAUCUGAUUGACAUAUGCAUUUGAAUUGCACAUCCAGGCAUUCGAAUUGUAUUUUCCUUGACUUUUUGUCUAUUUUCCUUUCUGUACCAUUUUG